AUGGUAAUGUAUGUGCCCAAUGAACCGAAUGAUUUUCUCCUUGGUCAUCGUACCACGGAAGAGCUUCCAUCAGAAGCAGAUGUGGUGAUAGUUGGCUCCGGGAUAACCGGCGCCUCGGCCGCAAGGUUUCUGCUCGAGGAUAAACGAGCGAAGGGGCUCGAGAUCGUGAUGCUUGAAGCACGAGAAGUCUGCUGGGGAGCCACGGGAAGGAAUGGGGGGCAUUGCCAGCCACUACUUGUUGACUCUACGCCAGACGUUGCAUUAUUUGAAAUCCGAAACUGGGAGACUAUUCGUGAUUUUAUCGAGCUGCAUCAUGUGCCCUGCGAAUGGCGAGUCGUUGAAGCCUGCAGGACUUAUUGGAGCCAGGCUUUAGCUGACGAAGUGAGCCAACGUGUAGCCCAUUUCAUAGUCACAGAGCCAGAGCUAGCUUCGAGGAUCAAGCUCGAACGCGAUCAGGUCAAGCUACGACGUGCUCAUAGGGUUAAUGGCGCACCAAUCGCGACGCUCACGACCAAUGCAGCGUCCCUUUGGCCGUAUAAAUUGAUCACAAAUAUUAUCGAAAAGCUCAUACAAGGCGACGGAAUCAAUUUGCAGACCCAGACCCCAGUCACUAGUAUUGAAAGCUGUGGGACGCCAACAAGCUCAGCGAGAUGGCGUCUCCACACGUCUAGAGGCAGUAUCACCGCUCGUCACGUCAUUCUCGCAACGAAUGGCUAUACAUCUCAUCUUCUUCCGGAGUUCAGCGACUUGAUUGUUCCAGAGCGGGGAGAACUGUCAGCUCUCCUCCCACCAAAGAACUCUACCCGCCUCCCCAAUUCCUAUGGCUUCGUAGGCGCAAAUGAUGGGAUGCCUCAUCAUGAUGACUAUCUCAAUCAGCGGCCAUUCUCCGGCGUCCCCAAUCCUGCCGGACACUUGAUGUUCGGAGGCGGCAAGGCGAGUGCAACAAUGGAGCAUCUUGCCACAACGGAUGAUUCGGUCAUUGACGAAGGCGAGGCUCGGUAUUUGAGACGCGAGCUUCUGCAUUUACUGGAUCUUGAUGGUGAGACAGAAGGUUUACAGGAAUUAAAAGCAACGCAUGAAUGGUCGGGUAUUUGGGGGACGAGCAGAGACCACGCUCCGUGGGUUGGAGCCGUACCUCAGCGCAAGGGUGUGUGGCUUGCUGGGGGUUAUACAGGCCACGGCAUGCCGAAUGGCACACUGUGCGGUCGAGCCGUCGUGGAAAUGCUACUAGGCGAGGAAAGUGGUGCGCCUCAGGACUAUGUAGAAGAGAAGCUUGUAAGGACUGGCAAUUUACCGCAAAGCUAUAUAAUCUCAGAAGAGAGGAUCGCACGGGCGAGAGAAUUGGAUACAGUUCAAGAACAAGAGGCGAAGGGUUGGCGGGGGCCUGAAAAGCCAACUUACCUUCGAACCUAG